AUGGAACAAGACACAUUAAAUGAAAUCACAAAAAAAAGAAAAACAAAUGAGAGUACAAAUGUCAGUUAUUAUACACAUGGUAACAAUUUCAACAGGAAAUAUUCUAAUGGUAUAAAUAAAAACCAUUCCUGGCAGUUCAAUCAACAAAGCUAUAGGCCCAAUAAAAAUGAUUAUUUUUUACCCAGUAGUAACUUCCCGAACCUGACCUAUAUAAAUAAAAAUUCCUACGUAGCACAAACCGCAUCAUAUGGAAAUAACAAACGCAAUUUGAAUGAUAAUAGUAACAGUAACAGCAACAGAAACUGCAACAAUAGAGGGCCCCAAUAUUUGACACACCCAUUUAUCAACAAGAUACCGGAAGAUCAUUGCCGUCUUGACUGUAUCAUAUCUGAGAAGAAGAAUAAUGUAAAUAUACCAACGAAAAUAUUUAUUAAGGAAAGUUUAAAAAAUACAUAUGCAUAUGUAACAGAUAAGAAGAAAAAUACGAAACACCAAUAUAAUAAAGUAGGGUUAUCAUCGAAUGAAUACACAGAUUAUAAUGUUACAACAGGAAAUUGCACAUCCUAUGAACAUGCAAAGAAGCUAAACAGCAUGUGGAAUAUUUAUGUAAAUGAAUUACUUGAUUUGACAAAAACGGAAGAAUUGCCCAUAGACACUAUUAAUGAUAUGGAAUUGAAUGGAGCAGAAAUUGAAAUCCACAAAUCUCGGUGCUCGCCGUAUGUUGGAAUCAAAGGAAUAAUCAUACUAGAAACACAAAAUGCAUUCAAAAUAGUAACACCAAAGAACAGGGUACUGAUACUUCUGAAAAACAAAACUGUAUUCAUUGUUAACAUAAAAGAUAAACAGUACUAUCUUCAUGGAGUUCAGUUGCUUCGUGAUCCCGCAUUAAAAGCAACCAAGAAGUAUAAGAUGCUACAAAAUAGAGCUAUUUAA